AUGACUCCUUACACAUCUGGCCAAGGGCGAGACCUCUCGCCAGCGCCAGCGCCAGGGGCUCACUUGAGGCCUGAGUCGAAACCCAUAGACUGCACUGAGAAAAAGUCAGAUCCAAAUCUGAGACCAAGACCCGAUGAGGAGACUGCCAAGGAAAUCGAGCGGUUUCUCCAAUUACACUAUGUCCGUUCUAGGCUAUACGACAAGUGCAUGGACAUUCUCUACGGACUAGACACACCACCAGACGUGGAGCUUUCUUUUGAUCUUUCCGGCUACGACAACUCUACAGUUUCCGAAGAGGAGUUCAAGAUCUUCCUAGGAAAGCUCAAGUUCAGUGAUGUGCUCCAAUAUGUUGGGAUUCCAAAAGUCCCGCUCAUCCAUCGGAAAGCUGCUGUUAGUCGGGAGCCUCGUGGCAGUGCUAUUGGGAGAAAUGAUCUCCUCUUUGUGUCUGACUGCCUUCGUGACAAGGGAGUCAAAUCCAUCCUUGUCGUCAUGGUGGACGAUGAGCCGACCAGAUCACUUAAAGGCUUUGGGAUCCAAAUCUGGGAUUGGAAAAAAACAGAUACAUUCUCCGAGGUUAUCUGGAAUGUUGCGCCGAAUAACGGCAACAAUGCCGUCUUGAGAGGCUGGGCUAAGCCAGGCGGACUCAGGAAGUUGAGCAAGCUAAAGCAGGUGUUCCUUUCCAUUGGAGAGAAUCAGAAGCCCGAACUGACACCUAUGUUAUGGACUUUUGUCGUGCGCAUGAAGGAACUCUGCCCCGGAGUCAAGGUCCUCCGUACCGAAACCACACAGAAUUAUUAGCCUACCCGCGUACCCCGCGGAAUGUUGGCAAGCAACAAACCAAAGAUGAAUGGAUCAAGUGCAUGAAUGAGUUCCACCACCUCCUCUACCUAGCCGAGAAAAAACUUUGAUGGGGAAAUCGACGCUGGGGGCUCAAACACUCUGCGGCAGAUUGUGGGCGCUAGCAUCAAAAUUGCCCUUAUAGACGACGGCGUCGACUACAAAGAUCUCCCCAAGCGCACCUUCAUCGGAGGACACAGCUUUUCUACUCGAGACAAAGAGCGCAACCUGAUCCAUCCGCAUUAUGUCUCCAGCGUGGGCCACGGGACCGCCAUGGCUAGACACAUCUACUACAUGUGUCCAAGCGCUGAAAUAUACGUCUUGCGGCUGGAAGACUACCACCACCUAGAGGACCCAAACCUUCGACUGAUAGCAGCAAGAAGUGCCGUAAAAGCCAUCAGGGCUGCGGUGCGCAAGGAGGUGAACAUCAAUUCCAUGCCAUGGACUAUCGAACCUACGGGAACAGAAGGAGACCAGAACCUGGGACUGACAAUCGCCGAUGCGGCACAGAGAGGUAUCCCCAUGUUUUACUCUGCCAGUGACCGUGGAGCAAAGCAGAACGUCACAUACUCUUCCAAGGCCGCCCCGGAAGAAUCUUUACCAUCGGUGCAGCAUCAGUCUGGGGAAAUGCCGUUGCAUCAGUCGGGAGUUUAGAUCGGAUAACAUUCACUUUACCAGGAGAAAGAGUCAGCGUGCCUGGAAGCGAAAGAGCCAGUCUGUCUUUCAGGAAACCGUCUGGAUCAUCAGUCGCCACGGCGCUAGGUGCAGGAUUAGCAGCUCUGAUGUUGUGCUGCGUGAAGGUUCAUUUGGUCCUGGCCAAACCAGGGCCGGAAAAGGAAAGGAUUCAACAGGAUUACAGCUUGUUAUUGAAGCAUGAAAUCAUGCUAAAGGUCAUUUAUGGAAUUGGCAUGACACCUGACACCAAGUUUGUAAAGGUCUGCGGCGUAUUUAGAAAGAGUACUUCAGCGGAAAGAGCAGGCC